AGCGACAUUUACCAAAUUCCCGAGUCAGUCACAGAAAUAUGAACAGACUAGCAUUCAAGAUCUGGUUGUAAUUAGCCGACGCAACUGCUCUUGGCAUUGGAGUAGGCUGAGCCCAUGCCAACAUGACCAGACUAUUGUUUAGCAUCGCUGUAACGGAAUGGGCCCGCAGGAAUUUUGGCACCGGUUUUACGCAGCAGACCACAUAGUUCAAUCGACGUACCUCCACUCGGAGACAGAAUACUGAGGCUGGCAUGGACAAAGAAUGCUAACACAUCUCGUAGUGAUGCUGUGAGAUAAAAAGACAUCAGUGAAGCACCCUGCUGGUUCCUCCCGAAAAGUGGACCAGACUAUCAACGUCAGGAUUCAAGUUUGGACCUCAGCAAGUCCAAAACUACCUUCCCCUCCUUCAAAAAGAAUUGUCUUACAUCUUAAAGCAUCUUCACAGACUCGCAUAGCGAGUCUGUGAACAGGUGAGAGAGGGACACUGUCUGCCCCACUGUCCAGCGACACCAUGAGCUGGAGCUUCCUCACGCGGCUGCUGGAGGAGAUCCACAACCACUCCACCUUCGUGGGGAAGCUGUGGCUCACCGUGCUCAUCGUCUUCCGCAUUGUCCUCACUGCCGUUGGGGGAGAGUCCAUCUACUACGACGAACAGAGCAAAUUUGUCUGCAAUUCUGGCCAGCCGGGCUGUGAGAAUGUCUGUUACGACGCGUUUGCCCCUCUAUCUCAUGUACGGUUCUGGGUCUUCCAGAUCAUAUUGGUUGCUAUGCCUUCUCUCAUGUAUAUGGGCUAUGCUGUCAACAAAAUUGCACGAUUAGAUGAGGCCAAAGGAGGAAGUGGCUCUGCUGCUGUUAGAACAGGAGGAGGGGGAUAUACGCACAGGAAGCCCAGGAAAAUUUGCUUUGGAGCACAGCAGCACCGGGGAAUCGAGGAGAAUGAGGAGGACCAAGAGGAUGAUCCCAUGAUUUAUGAGGUGCCAGAGAUCGAGCCGCCAAAAAGGCCGCGGGAUCCAUUACAGCCAACACCCAGACCCAAAAUUCGCCAUGAUGGGCGAAAACGUAUAAGAGAUGAAGGACUGAUGAGGGUUUACGUUUUGCAACUGGUGACUCGUACACUGCUAGAAGCAGGUUUCCUUGCAGGGCAGUAUUUGCUGUAUGGGUUCCGUGUAAAGCCUGUAUUUGUGUGCUCUGGGAAACCUUGUCCCCACAGUGUUGACUGCUUUGUCUCGCGGCCCACAGAGAAAACCAUCUUCCUGCGCAUUAUGUAUGGUGUCACUGUCCUUUGUCUCACUCUAAAUAUCUGGGAGAUGCUCCAUUUGGGGAUUGGUACCAUCUGUGAUAUUCUCCGCCGUCGGCGCUGCCCACCUCAGGAGGAUGAGUACCAGUUGGGAUUGCUGGGCACCAAUGGGGGUGUGGAGGGUCCAGUAGGGGGGACAGGGCCUGAGGCAGGCUCUGAGGGUGGGUUGGGUGGAGAUGGGACUGCAGAUUAUGUUGGUUACCCCUUUUCUUGGAAUACCCCAUCAGCUCCACCUGGCUACAACAUUGUGGUAAAGCCAGAACAGAUGCCAUACACAGACCUUAGCAACGCUAAGAUGGCAUGCAAGCAAAACCGGGCUAACAUUGCCCAGGAGGAGCAGCAGCAAUUUGGUAGCAAUGAGGAUAACUUUCCUACUGGAGGGGAGGCCCGCGUUGCGUUGAACAAGGACAUGAUCCAGCAAGCUCAUGAGCAACUUGAGGCGGCUAUCCAGGCAUACAGUCAGCAGCACCGGGCAGAGGAGCAGCUUGGGGACAACCAGGACGACAAACCCCAAAGUAAUAUCAUCCAGGCCCAACCUCAGCCACAGCCGCAAAAAGAGAGAAAGCAUAGAUUCAAGCAUGGGAAAGGAGGCAGCAGUGGAGGAUGCAGUAGCAGCAACAGCAGCAGCAGCAAAUCCGGAGAGGGCAAGCCCUCUGUAUGGAUUUAAUCCUUGAAACAUGACAUGUAUUAAGAUCCUGUAUAUAUAAAUUACUGGAUUACAGGUUGUUGCAAUAUUUCUUGGAUAAUUAAACACCACAGUGCCUUUAAGAAUCCUGCAAGCUGGAGAAGAAGUGUGUUUGUGUACUCAGGUGUGUGAAAGAAGAUGUGAUUUUGCAGCUGACAAUUUGAUUUGUCUGGGCUAUCACUGUUUAACUUCAAACAUCACACCAACACAAACUGAAUACACAUUGUAUCGUUAACAUGUCUUAUUGUCGUCUGAUCUGAAGCAUAUUAUUGUCCGUUGUCUUCCCGUUCAUCCUUUCUUAGGGAUAUAAAAUUACUGAAUGAUAACGAGUUUUGUUGCAAAUCAGAUUGAUCCCAGAUUUGGCUGAUCACCAUUCCUGGCCACUCCUCUGCAAAGACAGUCUCCAUGAUUACAUUGGCAUCCUUAUUCUUUGGAAAUCACAAUAAAUUAUCAUAAUAAUAAAAUGUCAUCACUACAUUCUGGCAAGUUUUAGCAAUGACUGGGUACUGUUCAACAAGAACAACAACGAUACGCAAUCAAAUGAUGUUCAGUAACAGCGCCUAAGGAAUUGACUUUAUAAUGCCAUGAGAAAAUCACUUUCCUGAAGGUGUCAUAUGUGACUAAUUUGUUUGUAUAUGUACCAUGUUAUCUGUUUGUUCAUUUGAAAACUGCUACAAAUGCUGAUGCUUAGAAACCGAUGAAUACAGCAGGUUUUUCAUACUGUCUACAUCUAAAAUGUCCUGUGAUUUUUAUUUAUUUAUAAGGCUCAUAAUCAAUCCCUUUUCUAUACCUUACUUUUCAACUUCUCAGUUUCUCUCUAAUGCUCUUCAUGGCUAUUGAACAAGACUGCUCAACACUCCACUGCGGUCUCCUCUGCCUUGUAGUUGUGUGCCCCCUGGUGGUAUCUUCUUCAGGCGUCCUUUUUUGGGGAGUAAAUACUAUAUGCCGUUGUUAUCUGCAUCCAGCAACAUCUUAACCAGCUGUAGUGUUCCUUUUCUAUUCACAAGCAUUGUGUUGGAUGAGUGUUCUCAGCACUACAAGUUCAGUGCUCGAUACACAAGGCUGCAAUAUCACAACAUUGAAAUGGAAAAGGUUUAAAGCCAUUACUAUGAUAUAGUGAGACCAAACACUGUUUGUGUGAUGCAAGCGUCAGUGCCAAGAUUUGAUGCUAUGCUGCCAAGAAGCAUGGAUAUUUGUAGCUUUGGAAUACUGUGGCCAUGCUACUCCAAUCGUGAAAUAAUGCCAAUGUGAGUCAAACACUUUUGUAAACGUCACUUGUUUUUUGUAUGUAAGUAUGUGUAUUGAUUUUCCAGAAUGGGAUUUAAAGAGAAAACAAACUCUUAAAGAAAAAAAACAUUUUUUUCACAAAUUUUUGUUGAAUAAAGAAAAGGUAAGCCAGUUGUUUUACGAAGUUGUAUAGAUAUUUAUGGGUAUGUGUAUUAAAUUGCCUUCAAAUUGUAAAAAAAUGUGAAAUAUGACAUAAUAUAUUUUUAUGAUAUGUCGGAUACAGUGACUUAUUAUCGUAAAGAAUAAAGCCAGACUUUCCCUGUAUGUUACAGUAUCAGUAUUUAAUGUAUUUUAAUAACAGUGUUACUCUUUUUCCAAUGUUGUUCUGAGAUCUGCUCAACAGCUGUUUUUGGGGACAAACUGGCUGAUGUCACCAGUUGGGAAGAAAACAUGAAGUGCCAAAUUAUUCAAACCAUUCCAAGAUUUGGUGGCAUAUGAACAAGCCACAGUUCAUUUUUGUGAAAACAUUGGGAACGGGAGGAAUCUGUAACAUUAUGAUCUUGAUUUUAUAAAUCUUAUGUGAAGGGUCUGAGACUUUCCAAGCAACUAUUCAAUAGUAACUAACUGAACAAACCAUCAACAUGCAUAGUUGUGAGGCUAGACAUGUGACGUGGCUUCCUUUACAUAAACGUAAAGCACAAUACAACAAGUAGAACAAGUAUUUAUGUUUGGUUGGUUCUCCUUUAGGUUCCACAAAUCUGUUCAAAAAGACAAGACCAGACAAUAACAGGUAGCUGCUCUUUAUAAUUUGGUGCUGAUAGUCUAUCAUAAGUGUCUUGUGUGUUUUUUCAAUUUGCGAGAUGGUAUUAUAAGAGUAUUGGAAAAGAUUUUUUUUCAUACUGAGCAUCUAAACUCAAUUUUAGCAGUCCAACAUACCCAUGUUUGUUUAUUUCAAGAAAUAUUCAGAACAUUGAUUGUUCAAGGAUUUUCAGCUAAAAUGUUAACAGUUACUAAAAGUAUGCAGGAAUUUAACUUUUUAUUUUACAUGUAAGCAAGAACAGAGUUAUAUAUGCAUUUGAACAAUUAAAUGACCCCUCAUACCUGGCAGCUGAAGGAGUUAUAAGGGAAAGAAUGUCACACUGUUAUUGUAUCAGAUGUAAUUUGUGGGUCUAUUUAUCAGGGAUACCAUAAUGUCCAACCUCAGCAUCUGACUGUCUAUGUAAAAUAAUGUCUGUGUUCAGAAAAAAAGGACUGUAGUGUUUCCCUACAUGUUUCUUAUAGUCACCCAUGUGGGAUGUUGCAAUAAAUCUAGUGGUAUUACCUGUACAAACUGAUUCUUACAUGCAUUGGUGUGUUUGUGUUUUCUAUGCCUUUUGUAAAAUGUGCAUUUCUUUUAAGUACCAUUCUGGUAUCCACUUGGAAAUCUUUUUUUUUUCAGAAUCUUUGAUGAACACAUUUGCAUGUGAAAAGACCUAUUUUCAUACAAAAUAAAUCAGAAAUGCAUACCAAAUAAAGUCCCAGCAUCCUUUGUUUGAGCUCCCCAGCUGAGAACAACAAUGUCAGGCGUCCCACUCCUGAAAUGUAUUCUCCUGUAAGGCUGACGUUGUUGUGUCACUGGCAGGAGCAACACAGGAGACUAAAGCAAUGCCACUUCAGAUCAUGUCAUCUGUGCCUUUCUUUUGUUAUUUGACAACAUUAUUCAGUGACAACUUCAGCGUGUAAAGAGAGAAGGC